GCGGCGAGGAGGAGCCCAGGGGGCCCAGCCGUCCCGCCCGCCCUGCUCGCGUCGGCUGCGCUUCGGGGCGGGGUUUGGGCGGCGCAGGCGGGACGGUACCGGGUGCGAGUCGGAGGAAGCCGGAAGCCACCUUGCCACCCCGGCCUCGCUCCGGCGCCGGCUGCGUGUACCUGCUCAGGCUCGGUGCCCGCUGUCCCCGCUUGGCCCGGGCGUUGGGCUGCUCGCUGGGGCUGCAGGGUGGGGACCGGCCGUGCGCUCACCUGGGAGUGGCUGCGUUUGGGUUCCGCCCACCCCGGGUGGCCGGGCCAUGGGGACCGCGCUUGUGUACCACGAGGACAUGACGGCCGCCCGGCUGCUCUGGGACGACCCAGAGUGUGAGAUCGAGUGUCCUGAGCGCCUGACUACAGCCCUGGAAAGCCUGCAGCAGCGUGGCCUAGAGCAGAGGUGUCUACGGUUGGCCGCCAGAGAGGCCUCGGAGGAGGAGCUGGGCCUGGUGCACAGCCCGGAGUACGUGGCCAUGUUGCGGGGGACCCAGGCCUUGGGCACCAGGGAGCUCCAGGCGCUGUCUGGACAGUAUGAUGCCAUCUACUUCCAUCCGAACACCUUCCACUGUGCUCGGCUGGCCGCAGGGGCUGCGCUGCAGCUGGUGGACGCUGUGCUGACUGGAGCUGUGCACAACGGGCUCGCUCUGGUGAGGCCUCCUGGGCACCACAGCCAGAGGGCCGCCGCCAACGGAUUCUGCGUGUUCAACAAUGUGGCAAUAGCAGCCAAACAUGCCAAGCAGAAACACGGGCUGCACAGGAUCCUCAUUGUCGACUGGGACAUCCACCAUGGCCAGGGCAUCCAGUAUAUCUUUGAGGACGACCCCAGCGUCCUUUACUUCUCCUGGCACCGCUACGAACACGGGCGCUUCUGGCCCUGUCUGCGCGAAUCAGAUGCAGAUGCUGUCGGGCAGGGGCAGGGCCGCGGCUUCACUGUCAACCUGCCCUGGAACCAGGUUGGGAUGGGAAAUGCUGACUACGUGGCUGCCUUCCUGCACGUGCUGCUCCCCCUGGCCUUUGAGUUUGACCCUGAGCUGGUGCUAGUCGCAGCAGGAUUUGACUCAGCGGUUGGGGAUCCCGAGGGGCAGAUGCAGGCCACGCCAGAGUGCUUUGCCCACCUCACGCAGCUGCUGCAGGUGCUGGCUGGCGGCCGGGUCUGUGCCGUGCUGGAGGGUGGCUACCACCUGGAGUCGCUCUCUCAGUCGGUGUGCAUGAUGGUACAGGCACUGCUGGGUGACCCUGUCCCACCCCUGUCAGGGUGCAUGGAGCCGCAUCGCAGCGCCCUGGAGUCCAUCCAGAGUGUCCGGGCAGCCCAGGCUCCUCACUGGAUGAGCCUCCAGGAGCAAGGUCAUUGUGGCCUGGGCUGGGAGGUGGGAUCACACCUCGGGCUCCCAGUAAGCGGCAGUAACUCUGAACCACCUCUAGAUGUGGCCCCUGUACUGAGUCCCAGCACCGGCUCCCCAGAGGGGAGGCUCUCACCUCUGUUGCCUGGCGGGCCCGAAUUCAAGGCAGCAGCGGCCCAGGCCGUGGCUGCAUUGAGCUCCCUCCUGGACCAGCUGCGCCUCCACCCCACGCCCUCCGUCCGCACAGCUGUUGCCCUGACUGCGCUGGAUGCAGCACUGCUCCUGCCCCCUGAUGUCCUCCAUCAGGAGGGGUCAGCCCCGCAGGAGGAGACGCAGGUCUGGGCCAGGCCACAUGAGGCCUUGGCCCAGGACAAGGCCCUCACUGCACUCGGGAAGGUCCUGUAUCUCUUGGAUGGGAUCCUGGAUGGGCAGGUGAGCAGCGGCAUCGCAGCCACCCCGGCCCCUGCUGCAGCUGCCACCCUGGAUGUGGCCAUUCGGUGUGGCCUGUCUCAUGGAGCCCAGAGGCUGCUCUGUGUGGCUGUGGGACAGCUGGAUCGGCCCCUAGACCUUGCCGAUGAUGGAAGGAAUCUAUGGCUGAAUAUCAGGGGCAAGGAGGCAGCUGCCCUGUCCAUGUUCCACGUCUCCAUGCCACUACCAGAGACAACUGGUGGGUUCCUGAGCUGUGUCCUAGCCCUGGUGCUGCCCCUGGCCUAUGGCUUCCAGCCUGACCUGGUGCUGGUGGCACUGGGGCCAGCCCAUGGCCUGCAGAACCCCCAAGCUGCACUCCUGGCUGCACUGCUGCGGGGACCAGCAGGGGGCCGAGUGUUGGUACUGGUGGAGGAGGAAUCCACACCCCAGCUUGCAGGGGUCCUGGUCCGGGUGCUCCGUGGAGAGGCCCCCCCCAGCCUGGGCCCCUUCUCCAGGGCCUCCCCAGAGGACAUGCAGGCCCUGGAGCACCUGAGAGGGCAGCUGGGGCCGCAGUGGAAAAUGCUGCAGGUGGCCGGUGAGGCUACGGGGCAAGGCUCAGGCUGGAUGCUUGGGGCCUUGGGGACAUCCUGCUUUAGAGCUCUGCGGGGAGACUGCCCCUUGGGUAGUGGGGUGCUGCCCGGAACCGCUCACGGCAGUGCCAGGGGACCCUCCACCUCUUCCCAGCUCCUCCUCCAGUGCUGUGACCUGGGAGCUUGGCGUCGGCCGGGGUGGAAGUCUUUACACCCCGGGACGGACACCACCACCUGGCCCCCAGGGCCGGUUAACCGUCACCGGCACGGCUCGCCCGCGGCCGUGUCCCGACCGGCCCUGCGUCCACUCGGCGCCCCCGCCGCCCUGCGCGGACGGCCCGCCCUGCCCCCCACGCCCCGGCAAUAAAUAGUUAGGCAAAA